UUUUUCAUUUGCUGUUGUUAGUGUCGGCAGGUCUGGAAGGAACAUGCUCGUUACCGCGAUGGACCAUAUUCAUCAGUCGAGACGCCUAAACCUUGGCUUGAUGAGCUCCCAUGAGGCUGACGCCGACUCGGAGUACCUGGACCUGGCGAACCAUAACAUGCAUGCGCCCCCUCUAUCGUCGUACCACUUGUCUUUGCAACACUCCCACUCGUUGGACUUGAACGCGCAAUAUCUCGACCAAGACGGCCUUCAGGACGACCAGUAUACGUUGGGAGGUCAGCUCUCAAGUCCCAAGAACAACGCGAAGCCGUCGCUUUACAAAACCGAGUUGUGCAAGCGGUUCUCCGAAUACGGUAGCUGCCGAUACGGCGCCAAGUGCCAAUUUGCCCAUGGUUUGCCGGAACUUCGCCACGUCUUGCGCCACCCCAAGUACAAAACUACCAAGUGCAAGUCGUACUGGGGCUCUGGACACUGUCCGUACGGAAGCCGAUGCCGCUUCAUUCACGAAGAGGAAGUCUACAACCCGAACGUGAAGAACUCGUUCCGCGGUGGAAUCACCCAAGACAAUGAAUUAUCCCCGACUGGACAGAGUGGCCCGUCGUUCUUGAACUCGUCCCCGUACGCCCCCGACUUUUCCCCAACAUCCUCCGAUAUGGGCCCUGGCAUCUACACCACCGACUUUUCCCACGGCCCUAGCUCGCCGCAUUCGUGGCUUGGCGACGGAAGUCGCAGUAAUUUUAUUCGCUCGUCUCCCAGCGACAUCAUGUAUCCUACCAAGUCCACCCCUAUUGGACCCAAGAAAUCCCCCAUGGCUGGUAGUCAUCAUCAGAACGACCUCGACCACGGCGCGGAGUACUCUGGUCUGCAAGACGCCAUCAAGGUGCUUAUGAACUUUAACUACGACGAGUCGGCGCCGUCGAUUGCCCCCGCGUCUUCCCCUUCCGGCGCGUCCCCGUUGUCGAUCAAAUCGCCUCUGGCCCGUGGAGACAUGUCGCUCCACGCGGAUGAGUUGUGGAAGGACUUCAGUGCUGCUUCCAUCUCCGACGCUGCCGAUGACGUGUCUGCCUCGACUUCGUCCGAUUGGUUUCGCAAGGACGUGCAACAACCUCCGACGUCUUCCUCUGGUGCGACGCCUUCCCAGGCCGAAAGCCGCGACGACAUCUCGCGCUUGAGCUUUUUCACCAAGUUCAAAUAAGUUGCGAUUCUGUCGAUGGACUCCAAGUCGUCCAGCGGCUGCUCCACACAGCGCGGCGCGAUUGUACAAAGGGAAGACGCGAUUAUUUUAUUUUAUUUACAGGUAUAAAUAUUUCCACUGUUCCAAUGACAUGGCUUGCUCCGCUCUACUGCCCAAGCCUCUGAACGGACCCUUUGCAGCGCGCAUGGAUGUGCGCAGAAGUGCGCUAGAAGCAUUCAUGUUCGAGGGAUUGACGGUGGGAGCGCGAUGGGGGGCCGGCGCCAGCCAGUCAGUAGGGC